AAAAAAACACAUGUUAUUUGAACAAUUGGACAUUGCAAAUGUUUUAAAAAAUAAAUAAUAGUUCAGCUUAAAGUUUAAACGCUCAACAGUCGUAGUCCGUAGAUCUUCAUUAAAUUCACAGUUUAAAGAGUUUAAUAUUGUGUUUGAUCGAUAAUCGGAGUUAUUGACUCGUAACAUUUAGAUCAAUUCGCUAUCGUAAUCCACUGAACACAACUGCGGAUCGGAUAACUCGGUCGAAGAAAUUUUACAAUUAAUUCUCGUUUUGGAAAUUUGGAAUAUAGGUCAUCAACAUCCUUACUCUACUUAUGAUCAAGAAAUUAAGCUAAACAUAAUGGAUCACUUACAACAAGGUUGGUUCACUGAGUCCGAUACAUGGCCAGGUGCUGGACUUUCAUUACAAGUAGAAGAAGUCCUUCAUAAAGAAAAAUCCCCGUAUCAAGAUAUAAUGGUGUUGCAAACUAAAUCAUUUGGAAAAGCUUUAAUUUUGGAUAAUAUAAUCCAAUGUACAGAGUUUGAUGAAUUUUCAUACCAAGAGAUGAUAAGUUUCUUGCCACUUUGUAGCCAUCCUAAUCCAGAAAGAGUUUUGGUGGUGGGUGGUGGCGAUGGUGGUGUUGCACGUGAAACUGUUAAACAUCCAAAAGUUCUUAGCGUUGAUGUUGUUGAAAUUGAUGAAAGAGUAGUGAAACUUUCAGAACAAUAUUUACCAUUUAUGGCUUGUGGAUUUAAACACGACAAGGUUACACUGCAUAUUGAAGACGGGUUUGAGUUUAUGAAAAACAAUGCCCAACGAUUUGACAUCAUCAUAACAGACUCUUCAGACCCCGUUGGUCCAAAUGAGUCAUUAUUUCAGAAAACUUAUAUCGAAUCAUUGAAAAGAUCAUUAAAACCUGGUGGUAUCAUAUGUUCCCAAGUUGGAUCAAUUUGGAUAAAAGAAGAUCAGGAUACAAUGAUCAGAUUGUCCAAAGACUGUUCAGCAAACUUUAAAAAGGUCACUCUAGCCACUAUAUCUAUCCCAUCUUAUCCAACUGGAAACAUCAGUUUCAUUUUGGCUACAGACAAUGAGCUAGUAAAUUUCAAAAUACCAGCAUAUAGUUUCACACUAGAAGAAAUGAAUAAACACAAACUCAAGCAUUACUCACCAGAUGUACAUUCUGCUUCAUUUAGUAUUCCUAGGUUUGCUCGUAUGAUUAUUCCACAUAUUAAUUGUUAAUAUUGUUUUAUUCAUUCAAUAUUACUACAUUUAUAGACUUAAUUUUGUCUGAUGUCACUUUAUUGUUAUGCUUGUAAUUAAAUUACCCAUUUAAACUUAUUUAAUAUUUAUUAUACAUCAAAUAGUAUUAAAUUGUAGCUUUUAGCUUUUUUUUUUUUUAAUUGCAUUGUUAUUCUAUUUUGUAUCCUAACCACAUGUGAUCAAUCUAAACUAUGUAUUAUUAAAUUAAUUGAUUCUCAUAUGUUAGUAUUAAUAAUAUUGAAUUACAAAAUAAAUAAUAAUAAAAAAAAAAAAAAA